AUGGGACUGUGUAAGUAUCUCUGUUUUUGAGUUUAACUGUAACAGUUUGUUUGUUUUUUGAAAGAUCUUGGUUGUAAACUGUGAUUAUCAUUUGGUAAAUGUUAAUCUUGUUUUUUUUUUUUUCAUCUUUCAGUAACUUUUGCUGCAGUUGUAGGAGGAGGAGGUAAGAUCACUCGUGUUUACUCUUUCAUUAAUUUUUAUUUUAUUACAAAGGAAAUUCCCUUUCACAGUUGUUACUCAUACAGGGUCAGUGUAGAGAGGCCCAAGUAGCAGACUAUCACCAGAGUAACGUUUUUCCUCUGUGUGCUCAUUUCUGAGUGUAGCAGGGGCUGUGGUUGCAGCUCCUGUGGUUCUGGGAGCCAUAGGUUUCACCUCAGCUGGAAUAGCUGCAGGGACCAUCGCUGCCAAAAUGAUGUCGGCGGCUGCAAUCGCUAACGGUGGAGGAGUGGCAGCAGGAAGUCUGGUGGCUGGUUGUCAGGCAGCAGGUAAGAACUGUUUACCUGUGGUUUAAAAUAUUUGCUCUUAUGGUUUAAAUUUCUGCUACAGGAUAAUGGGAUGACCACAACAGGCCUUUUUUCUCUAAAUCAAAGACAGUAUGAAGAUUUCUUUUGAUAUGACAGAAAUUUGCUGAACUGUGUUUGUUGGGGAUAUUAGUUAAAAUGAGAUAACUGUAUAAUCACACAACCUCUGUGUAAAAGAGUAGUAGUAUUACUUAGUCAUUUUAUUUUUAUACAUAGUCUUUGCUCCACACAGUAGACGGCUCACUGACUCAACCUACCUGUGUGUGUCUUGCUGCAGGUGCUGCUGGUUUAUCAGGAGCUGCUACAGCAGCAGUGGCCAGCGCUGGAGGAACACUAGUAGGGCUGGCUGCAAUCCUUAUCUAA